ACGAGGAUUAGCUUGAUAUUCAUCCAAACCUUUGUUAACCACGUGCUUUUUGUUGACAAAAUAACGCGGUAACAGUAAUAUAUUCUGACGCCAUUUCCGUUUCGGUUCAGCAAAUAGAAUCCUCGUAAAACUUUACUUUUACAAACACGCUGUAGAAGAGUGCGAAGAAGGCCCAAAAUGAUAGUUUACCUUUUCAUCUGAUAUAGAAGAUGGGUUUAAAGAAUUUUCUUAUAUACAGUCUUGUUUUACUAACUGGAUUAAAAUUGACAAUUAGUGAAUUUGCGGGAAAUGCUAACUAUGAAGAACCAGAGGUGUGCAGGGGCUCAUCAGAAGGUGUGAGUACUAGUGGAGCCAAUGACAUAGCUAGAUACACCAAACUGAAAAAACGCUACCAAAAUUGUACCUAUGUGGAUGGAAAUUUAGAAAUCAAAUUUUUAGAGCAAGGAAAUGAAACAUUUGACUUGAGUUUUCUAUCCAAGAUAGAGGAAGUGAGCGGCUAUGUUCUUAUUACUUCUGUGAUAGCAGAAACCAUCCCACUUACGAGUUUAAAAAUUAUUCGAGGGAACCAGUUGUUUAAUUACAAGAACCAUAGCUAUAGCUUGUUUGUUGGUGUGAAUAAUCAUGAAACGAGAGGUCUCAAGGAACUGUUGUUAACUAAUUUAUCAGAAAUCACAAGAGGAGAUGUAUAUUUUGUCAAUAAUGAUUGGCUUUGUUAUCAUGAUACAAUUUUAUGGAAGGACAUCAAAUUUAACCCAGAAUACAAAGUCAGAUUUACUUCAACAAAUUCAUCAAAAACAGCAAGCCAAUUAUGCCCCCCAUGUGCUCCAGAAUGUUUUAAAAAUGAAACUAAGAACUACCAUUGUUGGGGAAGUGGACCCAACAAAUGUCAGAAAUUAAUACGAGAGAUAUGUCACAAGAGUUGUGAAACAGGUUGUUUUGGAUAUGCAAUAAGUGAAUGCUGUCAUUCCCAGUGCGCUGGGGGGUGUACUGGACCUAGAAGUUCAGACUGUGUUGCAUGCAAGAACUUCUAUAAUGAGGGAACUUGUGUCAGUGAGUGUCCAAAGCCGCGAAAAUACAACCGAAACACCAUGGUGUUAGAGGACAACCCAUAUGGAAAAUACGCUUUUAAAUCCCUGUGUCUCAAGAAAUGCCCAGAUUACAUGCUGGUAGAUGAACAGAAUGCUUUGUGUGUCAGGAAGUGUCCAGAGAACUACUACCCUGUCAACAACACCUGUGUCCCCUGUGAUGGGGCAUGUCCAAAGUGGUGCAGUGGAUUAAAGCAGGAUGAAUUUUUGUCCAGCAGAAAUAUUGAUCAGUUUGAAAACUGCACUGUCAUUGAUGGGAAUCUGAAAAUUGUACAAACAACAUUUGAUGGAGACAACUACACACAUCUGGAGGGUCUGAAAAGAGAGCAGUUGAAUGUAUUUAAAACCGUAAAGGAGAUCACGGGGUACCUGAUGGUUCAGGGGGGCAACCAGGCCAUGUCUGAUCUGUCCUUCCUCUCCAACCUUCAAAUUAUUCAUGGACGCGACCUAGACAUAGCAUCGAAUGCAUUUAGUGCGUUUAUGACAAAUCUUAAUUCACUGGAGUUGAUAUCGCUAAGAAGUAUAAAAAAUGGAAAAAUAAGCCUGUUUGGGAAUAAGGAGCUGUGUUUUAUAGAAGGCACUGAUUUUACCCAACUCCUUACUGUCCAAAAAAACCAAGAUCAAGGGUUCAAAAUCAAAGAUUAUGUACAGAGCAGGGACAAUCGGCCCCCUGAAGAUUGCAAAAGGGAUGGAGAUGUUUGUCAUCAAAGUUGCUCAGAUGAAGGCUGCUGGGGAAAAGGUGCCAACAAAUGUUUGAAUUGUCGUUCCUUCAAGAUCGACAACAGUAGCAAUAUUUGUAUAGAAGACUGCACGCGAGCCCCUAUGUUAUACAAUGCAGGAAACAAGCUAUGUAAAUUCUGCGAUGAGGAGUGUUUGGAUAGCUGUUAUGGAGAGGGACCUGGGAAUUGUACAUUGUGUAAACAUGUCACCAUCAGAGGCAAAGAUAAUUCCACCACAUGUCUGAACCAAUGUCCCGAGAUGUUCUUUGCCAACGAGAACAAUAUCUGUCUUCCCUGCAGUGACAAAUGUGCAGAAGGCUGCACUGGGCCCUCCGAUAUCGUAGGAAUAGGUGGUUGUAACACAUGUGACCUUGCAAUAGAGACAAAGGAUGAACUAAACAAGACCAUCUUCAGGUGUUUAUCGGAUGGUACAGCCAAUAGAUGUCCAUACAACUACUAUGUGACCUACAUCAGUAAGGAGACUUCAAUACACCUUCUUGGUUCGGAAAUCUUGAUGGGCAGCUCGGCUUGCUUCCACUGUGAUGAUAUGUGUGAUGGGUGUUUUCAGGGAAGUAAUGUUAACUGCAUAAAAUGUAAAUACGUCAAGCAAGACAGUGCCUGCCGAUUGUCCUGUUUGAACAUGUUUUACCCCGAUGAGAAUAAGGAGUGCCAGCAGUGUCAUGAAGAGUGCCGAGGGGGGUGUUACGGUCCCUCCGAAACCCAGUGUAAUGCUUGCAACAACUUCAAGGUGUACUUGGAUAAAGCAUCAUGGACUGAUAAUCACAACAACUGUACUGAUCCUGGCGUUAGUUGUAGGCAGUUUAAUUGCACCAAGACCUGCCCAUCUGACAUGACCUACACGAUUAAGGACCCAUUAUCUGACGGGGAAACCACCACUCUGUGUGUUGAUGAGAGCCACCCAGAGGUGGCAGCCAGAUUAGCCCAACAGGAAGACGACAAUAAAAAGAAGACCAGCAUCAUCCUGGGCUCUGUUAUUGGUGGGGUGGUCCUGCUGGCAGCGGCUCUUGUUCUCUUUGGAUAUUGCUGGUGUCAGAGAGCAAAGGCUCAGGAGAAAACCGCAAUCCUCACAGCCAAGAUGACAGGAUAUGAAGAUGAGCAACCAUUGACUCCAACCAAUGCCAAACCAGACAUGUCUAGUAUCCGCCUUAUAAAGCAGUCUGAGCUACGAAGAGGCGGGAUUAUUGGCUCAGGAGCAUUUGGCACUGUGUACAAGGGAUUUUGGAUUCCUCAGGAUGAGAAUGUGAAAAUUCCUGUCGCCAUUAAAGUUUUGUCAGACAGUACAUCACCGUGUCAGAACAAGGAGCUGCUGGAGGAGGCUCGUGUGAUGGCCUCGGUAGAAAACCCUUGCUGUAUCCGUAUUCUGGCAGUGUGUAUGACCGCCCAGAUGAUGCUGAUUACACAGUUAAUGCCAUUAGGUUGUCUUCUGGACUAUGUCCGAAAACACAAAGAUAAUAUUGGCUCCAAAGUUCUUCUCAACUGGUGUACGCAGAUUGCAAAGGGCAUGGCAUAUUUAGAGGAGAGGGGCAUUGUCCACAGGGACUUGGCGGCCAGGAACGUGCUGGUCCAGAGUCCGGGCCAGAUUAAGAUCACAGACUUUGGUCUGGCCAAGUUACUGGACAUCAACGAGGACGAGUACCAUGCAGCAGGAGGGAAGAUGCCCAUUAAGUGGCUGGCCCUAGAAUGCAUUCAGCAGAGGAUCUUCACACACAAGAGUGAUGUCUGGAGUUUUGGGGUAACAGUCUGGGAGCUCUUUACAUACGGACAAAGGCCGUAUGAGAAUGUGAGAGCGAGGGAUGUACCUGAUUUACUGGAGAAAGGGGAGCGGCUCCCCCAGCCCUCUAUCUGUACCAUUGAUGUCUACAUGAUUAUGAUCAAGUGUUGGAUGCUGGAUGCGGACAGCCGUCCCUCAUUCUUUGAGCUAACUGAAGAGUUUGCCAAAAUGGCCCGAGAUCCUGGUCGCUACUUGGUUAUUUCAGGAGAUGUAUUGAAGAAAAUCCCAGAUGAAUCGAAUACGCCCUCAGCGAUUGAGCUUAUCACGCCCAAUACAUCCAACAAUCCCAAAGUGGAGGGUGACAAGUUGAUGCGACUCCCCAGUCAUUCCUAUGACAAAAAUGACCUGGCUCGUAGUCUUAGUGUGGCGGUCGAUGGCCCCGAAGAAGUGAUCGAAGCAGAGGACUAUCUACAGCCCACCCCCAUGGCAUCAGUGGAGAUCCCCACCACCCCUGUCUCAUCAAAGACUCCAUUACUGCCAUAUGAGGCAUCCUCACCCUCUUCGAAUGCCAUACCUAUGAAAGAAAUCCAAGCGCCAGCUCGUCGAGAAAAACGAUAUGGUCAUCUCGAGUCGGCAGCCAAGGCUCGAGAUCAGAGAGCUCAAGAUCCGUCCAGAAUUCGUGGGGAUAGUGUUAACUCACGUUACAGCUCCGACCCUGUCAAAGUUCUCCACACUGAUGAAACUGACACUGGUCAUAAAAGACCACACAGAAAUGGUUCUGCCGGAAAAGCCAACAUCCCUAAUUAUUACACAAAGCACUCUCCUGGCUUCAACAAAAUGCAGUUACCUCUGGAUGAAGAUGACUAUCUUCAGCCAAAGUCUUCCAAACCUAGGGCAUAUGCAGAUUUAAUAGAUGGACAAGAUUACCUGAAUGAUAGUUCAGGGUCUGUCUUCUUAGAUGAUCACUUGGACCAUAAUGGCUACCCAGGUCUGAACUUUCAAAACCCAGAAUAUUUUGAUGACCCAAAUUUGAAUGUGCCAAAAAAGCAGUUGACGAACAAAAGCUAUUACAAUGACAUUUCUGCUGUGAACGGUGGAAGUGGCGAACAAGAACCUCUGGUGCUCAGUGAUGAAAUGAAACCUGAGACGACUGUUUAGUGCUUCAUACUUAACCAGUAUGGUUGCCAUGUAGGGGAGAGUUCAGCUUUUAACUGCCAUAUAUUUAUGAUAAACAUGUUAUGGUUGUGUUCCUGAUGGAAAGAAAUCCCAGAUUCUCUCGAGACAUUUACCCACCAUACAAAAUACAGGUUUUUGAUGUUUUUUAUUACUUAAGUGCACGAAAAAAUGUAUCUGUUAAGUACAGAAUUGAGUUGGGACAGAGAAAUUAUGGGAUUUUUUUUACAAACAAGUGAUCAAAUGCUCAAGAUCAGCUGCCUUUCAGUAACAUUUGAAUGCUGCUUCGUAGAGCAUGUUAGCAUAAACUGCAUAAUUAAUAGCAGAAUGCACAAAGUUUUUAAACAAGUGAUCAAAUGCUCAAGGAUGGCUGCUACUUCAGGAUACUGGUGAGAAAAGGGGACAAAAUUGUUGGAGAACCAAAGAAAUCCAUAUUAAUGUCAGUCUUCAAAACAUUGAGGAAGUUGUGUUGGUUGUCUGGGAAACGGUCGAUCAACCUGUCUUUGUUAUCUAUGCAGAAGAAAGCAAGAUGAUUGUGCUAAAGCUGUUCUUGUUGGACAUUCUGUUGUUUUGUUUUUAUAUAUAUACAGCUUCCGUCUAGCUUUAAUAUCAAAUUAUUGCACAGGAUUUUCAUAUAUAUAUAUAUUUAUAUUGCUGUUAAAAAUUUGUGACUGUUUACAUAUGAUAUACAUGUAUAACAUGUUUGUACCGAAUUAUCAUUGAAAAUGCAGGGUUCAUCUGUUCAUCAGAAUAGUGUUAAACCCACCAACUUGUACUGGCUUUAAAGUACUGGUUCUGUGUUUUGAACUAUAAGAACAUGUUGGUUUUAACUUAAAAAAGAAUCCAAUUGAUGAUGAAAUUUUACAUAAUCUAAGAUAAUUAUUAUGGUUAAUACACAGGUUAUUGUUAAAUGAAGACACAAGAGCAUGUAUGGAAUAUAACCCAAAACCUUUUGCAAUAUAUUCCAUACAUGCGAGAGUUGUCAACCACGUAAGUAGCUUAUUUGUUCAAUGGUGUCUGAAUCUUCCCUUGCAUGAUUACUAUCUAAAAUACAUAAGUUGAGUUAUUGUUUGGCUUAAAAAAACCAUUUGGAAGUACUUCUUAUUCAUUUGUAAAAAGGGAUGAUUUAUUGUUUUGUCUAAAAAAAAAAAAAAUUUAGGGAAGUGGAUAGAUCUAGUUGAGCGAUGGUUACGAAGGCACAGCUACUUAAUAUACACAAUCAAAAAACAUAUAACCAACAUAUCAUCACUACAAGUACCUUAAUCAGUAAAGAAAGAUCACAGAAAAAAAUGGCACCAUUGGACAAUAAUUUUUAACACCAAAAAGUGAUUUUGAAAGUCUGACCGUUGAAUUGGUAAUAUUUAAUGUGAUUUUUCUGCUCAUUUGUAUACUCUAUUCUCCAUCAAUCAAUUGGAAAUAAUGCAUCAAUUGGAGAUCUUACUAUUUUUCAACCAAAUCUUUAGAGAACAUCACAAUCUUCCAUUACUAAUAGUUAGCCUUCUUUCGAUAGUAUUUUACAGACAUGUGACCAAAUACUCAGUAACUACUAACUGUCCACUAUGAUAGCUGUAAUCAGAAGGGCUUCCCACCGGAAUGCUGUAGAAAUAUCUCUGUCCACUAGUUCCUCCAUCUUGUUUUAUCUAGUCACUCUCAUGUUUUGUGCAGCACCCACCGACCAUUCAUCUCGUAGUGUUCAUUUCGCUGUACCUUCUUUGUUAUCAAACGAUUGUUCUAAUACUAUGUACUUAAUGAGGAGGAUUUUUUGAAAUGCCACCAAAUACGAUUUUUUGUAAAGAGUUUACUGUAAGAUAUGUUUAAAGUUUAGCUGUAUGUACAGUGUAAAUAAUUCAGGUAUUGGUGUCCCCAAAUAGGGAACCGUAUGCAAUAACUUUUUAUUUUUAUGAUCUCCGAGGAGUUUUAAUCUGUUUAAAUUUAAAGUUUUAUUCUUGAAUUAUUUUAAGAUGGACAAUUGGAUUUCAUUCUUGUAUGAAAUGCCAAUGUUUUCAUCAUUUCUGUAACCAAUUAGUGUUAAAAUUUGAUGUUUAUGUUUAGAAAAUCUGAUCAAGUCUUUUUUUACUUAGUAUUUUAUUUACAAAACUAGCAGGAUGCUGACUUUUUUUUAUUAUUGUUUCUCACUUUGUUAUCAUCGUUGUUUCUUUACAUUGUCAUUUACAUUUAAUACGAGUAUUUCGUUUACACUGUCACAAUCAGUGAAAAUCAUAUCAUUUUACGACCCUUUUUUGUUUUAUUGAGUUUUCUUUUAUUGAUAUGUGUAAAUACCAAAUCCAAUAAGUGGUGGAGUUUUCUUGAAACUAUCUUUUUAGCUUUUUUUUUUUAACAGAGAUGAUUUAAUAUUGUCAUGCCUUAACAUACAUCACAAGGAGGCAAACAUAGUGUACAUGUGUAACCCAUUUAAGAAACUUCAAAAAGCUUUACAGCUUUUUCGGAGAUUUUAAUAAAUAUUUUCUUACAAAAUAUUAAAUUUCAAACUAAAGUGAUUAAGUAUAAGGAAUGUAUAUAAAGCUCAGAAAGAAAAAAAUGUAUGAAAAUUUGAGUACUCUGUUAUCCCUUGAGACUAGUACUCAGUCACUGUUGAAGAACAAAAUGGUCUCUGACUUAUAUGCAUGAAAUUUUUUUCCCCAACAAGUUGCAAUGUUUUGACCGAGAGUUAUCAUCCCUGAUUCAUCCAAGUGUAUCGUGUACAUUGUGAAGUAUUAUGUUUGUGUUUUGUUGGACCACCACUUACUGAGCUCUAUUGAUCGUGUUUUGUUCUCUAUGUUCAUGGAAAAUGUUUUAGUGAUAGCAGAAGGAGCUGCAUUCAUUUUAUGUAUCAUUGCGUUAGUUAAUUGAAUUGCUUUAUGUAAUUUCAUGCAGGAUAUACUGAUGUAAAUCCUGAGAGAAACAUAAUUAAAUGAAAUAGUAAAUAAGUUAACAAG